UGAAAGGUGGUCUUACAGCUCGACCAAAAACAAAGAAAACACUUGCUAUUCAACAUCGAAUUGAUACAUUAUAUAUUCGUUAUGAUAAUGGUGAUAUUAAUGCUAAUGAACUUCUCAAUGGUUUGUCUUAUGUUGUUGCUAAAAAUAUUAAAUCAAAAAGAAAAUGA